AUGGCGAUCGUCAAAAGAGAUCCAACCCCCAAGCCUUUCUGGCGCGAUACUAUGGCUCGUAUGAAGCGCUCAAUCGAAGAAAUCGCCAACAAGUCCGAUUCGGACGACGACGACUACAGCGACCACCCCCGCUCAUCUCGCCGCUCCGCCUCGCGUUCUAAAUCGAGGAAGAAAGCCAAGCCAUCGAAGAAGAGGGCUCGUCGCCGUUCCGGCGAUGACAUUAUCUCUGACGAUGAUGAUUUCUUCAGUGAGGAUGAGGAAUUGUCUUACGACGAGUCGGAGGAAGAAGUUGAUGACAACGCUCAGAGGAAUGCGAGAGGCCUAGUAGCGCGAAGGGCAGCCACGAACCGACCACUUUAUAACGAACCCGAUUCAAGCAGCAUCGAGGACGAUGACAAUGAAACAGAAGACACCUCACCAAAGAAACGCAAAACUGCCGUAGUCACGCUGAAAUUGGGUGAUGCUUUGAAGCGACAGCCGCAACUGGACCAAGGGAGCCGACGAGUCACCCGGCGUACACGAGGCGCGUCGGAAGACAUUUACGCGCUCACCAACUCGGGUCGCCAUGUGGAAACAGUCGAACGAGGUACACAUAGCCCAGAGGCCGAAGUAAUACGACCAAAUCGCCGCGGAUCUCGCUCAUCGAAGCAGGUCCCCACAGUUAUGGAGGAGGAUGAAGAUACUCAGGAGAAGCAGGAAGAGUAUAUUGAAGAGACCACGGAUAUCAAAGGCUCUCAGAUCGAGAUUAUGGAAAGUGCGCACGCCAGCUUCGAAGAAGGGCCCAUAUCCGCCGGGGAUGGCCUGCAGGGAGCGGCAGAUGCUGACGAGGGAUUUGUGCCCGAGUCUGAGAACGAAGAUGCUGAGCACGAAGAUGAUGACGAUGAAGACGAGGGCCCAGUAACCCGGAGAAGAACUCGUCCAAAUAGAGGCCAGCAAAUUGAGGAGCCCGAGCAGCCAGAUGAAGAAGAAGCCUCGGGGCCUCGUCGCUCCAGCCGAAAAAAGCCGAAGAGUUCUCAACGGAAACGAUCAAACGAUGAGGAGAGCGACUUUGAACCCGAAGAAGAAGACUCAAACGAUGAUGAUGAGGUAUCCCAGACCGGAAAAUCCAACGGCUCUCCCCGUAAAGCCAGUCAAGCACGCGAUGAUGAAGAGGACAGCACCGCCGGCCGGCGUCCUGGUCUUCGCAAAAGGGCGUCUCGAUCUCGUGGGCAAUCCGAAGCGGCAGCUGAUAUUGCAGAGGAACUCGCCGAAGAGCUUGAGGAUCUGAGGGGUGGUCGACCUCGUAGAAGGUUGCAGGCGGAUAUUGUGUAUGAAAAACCUCGGCGCAGCCGCAAGGAUGUGGAUUAUCGAAUCAUACGACCGGAUCUAAUUCUACCGAUUGAAGAAGCUGAGAACGAGGUCAAUGAGUCUCCCUCGCGCCGUGGUGGCCGCGGGGGUGGAGGCGGCAGUAGCUGGCAACGCACCCUAUUCCCGACAUAUGGGCCUUUCGGAGGCGGCGGCCCGGCUGCAAUUCUGGCUCCACCGGGAGCACCUGCUGCGACUGGAGGCGUUGACAGUGAUAGCAGCGAUGAUGAAGGGUUGCAUCACCCGCGUGGCUCUGUUGCCGGUGUAGGGUCCGCUCUUGGGCCACAUGGCGCUGGUCUUCUCCCCGGCCAGACCCAAACACACGACGCUACACAGGGUCUCUCAGGGACACCGGCAAACCUGGGCAAAGUCAAGGAUAAACAGGCGCUUGCGGAUGCAGACCCGUUAGGAGUGGAUAUGAGCGUCACUUUCGACAGUGUUGGAGGCUUGCAGGGACAUAUUGAUCAGUUAAAGGAAAUGGUGUCUCUUCCUCUGCUAUACCCGGAGAUCUUCCAGCGUUUCCACAUCGUGCCGCCUAGAGGAGUUCUCUUUCACGGUCCCCCUGGAACGGGUAAAACUCUUCUGGCCAGGGCCUUGGCGAACAGUGUCAGUUCCGAGGGCCGUAAAGUCACAUUCUACAUGAGAAAAGGAGCUGAUGCGCUAAGCAAAUGGGUGGGUGAGGCUGAAAGGCAGCUGCGACUGCUAUUCGAGGAAGCUCGUAAAACACAGCCUAGCAUUAUCUUUUUUGACGAAAUUGACGGUCUGGCUCCUGUGAGAUCAAGCAAACAGGAACAGAUCCAUGCGUCUAUUGUCUCUACUCUACUAGCGUUGAUGGAUGGUAUGGAUGGCCGUGGUCAGGUCAUUGUUAUUGGUGCCACUAAUCGACCGGACUCGAUUGACCCUGCUCUACGCCGUCCGGGUCGUUUUGAUCGAGAGUUCUACUUUCCCCUACCGAAUUCCGAAGGUCGGCGCGCUAUUCUCGACAUCCAUACUAAGGGCUGGGAUCCGCCUCUUCCAGGACAUAUAAAGGAUGAGCUGGCUGAGAUCACCAAGGGCUAUGGAGGAGCCGACCUUCGUGCUCUUUGCACAGAAGCCGCCCUGAACGCGGUACAAAGAAGAUACCCCCAGAUUUACAAAUCCGAUAAGAAGCUUCUUAUCGAUCCGAAGAACAUCAAUGUCACCCCGAAGGACUUCAUGCUCGCCAUCAAGAAGAUGGUCCCAUCAUCGGAGAGGUCCACUUCAUCUGGCGCCUCGCCACUCCCUAAGGAAGUUGAAUCCUUGCUUCGUCAUCCUCUGGCGGACAUUAGAGCUCUGCUCUCCGAAAUCCUUCCACAAAGAAAGCGGCUUACUGCUCUGGAAGAAGCACAAUUUGAGGAGCCCGAGGGCGCUGGAAGCUUCCAAAGCGAGCAGAUGCAGCAAGAAUUCGACAGGUCGCGAGUUUUCAGGCCCAGGAUGCUGCUUCGCGGACUAAUGGGCAUGGGCCAACAGUAUCUGGCGGCUGCCAUUUUGCAUUACUUUGAAGGACUGCACGUGCAAUCGUUCGAUUUGCCUACUCUCCUCAGCGAUUCGACUCGGUCUCCGGAAGCAGCUGUCAUACAGCUGUUUGCAGAGGUCAAGAGGCAUAGGCCAAGUGUGAUUUACAUUCCCAACAUAGAAACUUGGUCCGAAACUGUUGGGCAAGCCGUGCUCUCCACCUUCUUGGGUUUGCUGCGGUCGAUCCCUCCCACCGAUCCUGUCUUGCUACUCGGAGUCCAGGAGCUGACUGGUGACGAACCGGACACCGGGUUGCUACGGCAAAUGUUUGGGUUCUCCAAGAGAAACUUCUACGACCUGAAAGCGCCAGGAAAUGAAGCGCGGUACGAGUAUUUCAGCAAGGUGGUUGAGUACAUCAAAACCUCGCCAGCGCAUUUUCCGGAUCCUGAAAACCGUAAGAAGAGGGAACUCGAAACUCUGGAGGUUGCACCUCCGCCUCCAACAAAACCCGCAACGCCGCUCACCAAGGAGCAGCUAAAAGCCCAGAAAAAGAAAGAUCACCAAACGCUGAAUCUUCUGAAGAUUAGAAUCCAGCCUAUCAUGGAUCAGAUCAAGAAGUACAAACGGUUCAGAACCGGUGUGAUCGAUGAGUCUCAGAUCCGGUACCUCUGGGAAGAAGAGGAUCCGAACACCGUCACAAGCGAUCUACCGAUUGAACAGCGGACUACUUUCCGGCCGUUCGAGAAGGCUUAUGACAAACACGGCGUCCCGGGACUCUGGGAAACCGUGUCGGGUAAAUUCUUUUACAAUAUGGAAAUCGUUACCAUCGAGAAGCGCCUCUCCAAUGGAUAUUACAAACGGCCCAGCGACUUCCUGGCGGAUAUAAAACGACUGGCCAAAGAUGCACGACAAACUGGCGAUCAAGAGAGAAUCUUGAGGGCCAACGAGCUUCUGUCUAACGUUGAAGUUGAUAUUUCCACCAUCGAGCAGGCUGAACCGCAGCUCGUCGCAGAAUGCGAGAAUGUCUACAUUCGGGAAUUGGAAAGGGAGAAGCUCGCAGCUGAAAAGGCUAAGAGGGCCGAGGAAGCGGAAAAGGGAGGCUUUUUGGGUCAUACAGCGAACCAUAAUGUACCGCAUGGUAAUACUGAGUCCGGUCCUUCGAGUGGCCCUGUGGUGUUAGGCGAGACAUUCCCCGCCCUCCCUCCCAAAGAACAGGUCAGACCGGUGACACCGACACGGCAAUCAACGGCAAGCUUCUUGACAAAUGGCUACCAUCAAAGCGGAGGCUCAGAUCUUAAUGAUCUAAGCGGCCAUGGACCGACAAGCAACGGUUCACAUGAGUCGAGGCCAGAUGGGGACGGCGAUGUCUACAUGACUAAUUCGGAAGAUCACUCGGGCACAAGAGACACACAGGGCAGUUCAUUUGGGCCAUCUGCACAACCAAAGCCACCAUAUUCCCACACAGCGCCUUCCCAGCAGAUACGACGUGAAUCAGGUCUCUCAAGCUUCUCGCAGAAGGGGCCAAUGACCCCAAUGGCUCCGGGAUCUCAGCCACACGAUUAUACCAACGAAGCUUCAACUACGCAGACAACUUCAGGCCAAAAAUCGUCGGAUCAAUCAUCUCUCCGACCAAACUAUACGCAAAGUCCCAUAGUAGGUCAAGCAAUAAGGCACGAUUUCCCUGACCUUACCCAGUACCCAGACCGGGUGGGAUUAGAAGAGCAUCUACCAGACACACAGCAAGGUGACAGCAGCCAGCCGUCACCAAGGCCCCGUGAUUCCCUCCCCGGAAACGCAGAUUCGCAGCCCGAACACCUUGUGAAUGGCAGUCAGUCGCAACCAAAAACACAACCACCCGUGCCUCUUUUCGAUGAAUCGACGAAGCCGUCAUCUCAUCCGCCAGCUAAUCUCCAUUCGAUACUGAACGAUGAGGACCGCUCACCAAAGCUAAUUGUGGACCUUGAGUACGUCCAAAAUCUACACGAGCAGCUCACCCAGCGGACGAGUGGUUGCUCGGUGGAGCAGCUUGAGCAGAUCAACACUAGCCUAAUGGAUUAUCUGUGGCGCACGCGGGGUGAAUGGAACCGCAGCAAAGUGGCCGCUGGCAUCCGGGACUCAUUCAAUGAGAUCCUCGAAGACAUGCAGGCAAUGCAAGAUAUUGGCCCUAUCAGUCAAAGGACGAAGGACCAGUUGGGUUCAUCAUUCGAACACCUCGCUGCAAAGGCUUUACACGACACCCAGCCACGAUAUUAUGACCCCAGCCUAAAUACUCCCCGCCAACAGUUAAACUCCGUUCGAUCGCUAUUCCAGGACAACCAUAGUUGUCCUAUACAACGCCAUGGUAAAUUGGCUCAGUCUCGCCGUACCGUUCGCCUACCUAGCGUCCUGAUCGGCUCCCUAGCAACCUUCUCCUCAUUAUACCGCAAGCGCAAAGCCCAAAAGGCGUACUCUCUAGAACCAUGGUUCCCUGCUCACCUGCAACGAGAUAUCUACUUCUCCCUUCUUCACAUUGACCCGCCUGCCACCUCUUCUAAGGAGAAGAAGGCGCCCGCUGUACCUGAGUCGGUGCUUAAGGCUGCGCUUUUAAGACGUGCAGAGGAAGAUAUCAAGCGGGUUUUGGCCCUGCGUAGUCAGAAGCAGGCUUUAUCUGUGCUGCUUCAGCGCGGUAGUGUGGGUGAUGAUCUGUGGCAACGGUUUCAGAGGGCGGAGAAGGAGAUGGAGGAUGAGGUUCGCGAUGUUGUUUCUGAGGCCAACGCAUAUGUACCCGGUUGGGGCCAAACGAUUUUCCAGUCUGCCAAUGAAAUGAUGAACAACACCCUCUACCGCGAGCGCAUCGCUGAACAGCAGGCUAAGCUGGACGAGGAGCGUCAAUGGUGGGAAAAGAGGAGAGCCAGCAUCAAGGAAGGCUUCAUGAAGGAAUUGGACGCCGAGGACUCUACUUCGACCGCACCUUCACAGAAAACCGAAGCUCCGACCGACACGACUCCUACCACGACCAGCAACUCCACCCCUGCAACAAAGACCCCCGAGUCAUCUGGUGCGCCGUCCUCCGUAACUGGAAGCGAUGACGAUGCUGUUUUGGUCGAGGCUGAUGAGCAGGCUGGGAGUCCAGCGUCCCAAAGCAAGAAGAAGAAGAAGGGCAAGAAAUAAUGGUUUCACGCUCGUGUUUCUCUCUCUUCGAUUUUAUUCAUGCAUUAAAAGAUACUCUUACACUUUUUCCAUCAUACGCAUCUGUACUUUGUGCUCAAUAUAACUUGGUGUUAAAAGAGAGACAAGUGGUGUU